UUUUACGAAUUCACGCGAAAACAAAAUAUAGGAAGGACCAGGGAAUGUAAUUUCCUCCCAUUGAUCAAUUUCUUUUAACUCACUUUAGUGCCUUUUUAACAAGUCCAGGAGAGCACUACCCGGAGGAUUGAAAAUUUACUUAUUAUGUUUGAAAUUUAUCGUGAUUUAAAUGGACCUUGGCGUGGAAGAGUGCUUGAAAUUAGCCUACUGUUUUAGAAGUUCCUCGAAAGAAUGAAUCGACAACCAAGCUCGCAGCCUUCACAAAAACCAUCGAGAAUGAACGUAUCUCAGCCGGGAGGACCAACGAAUGCCGACUUGGCGAGUAUUUUUGAAUGUCCUGUGUGUUUUGAUUAUGUUCUGCCUCCAAUUCUUCAAUGUAGCAGCGGCCAUUUAGUGUGCUCGAAUUGCCGACCCAAAUUAACUUGUUGUCCAACAUGUCGCGGGCCUUUGGGCAGUAUCCGAAAUCUUGCGAUGGAAAAGGUUGCUAACACGGUAUCGUUCCCCUGUAAGUAUGCAUCGGCUGGCUGUGAAGUAAACUUACCGCAUAAUGAAAAACCGGAACACGAAGAAUCUUGCGAAUUUCGUCCGUACUCUUGUCCUUGUCCUGGGGCUUCUUGUAAAUGGCAAGGUUCGCUGGACUCGGUUAUGCCUCAUCUGAUGCACGCUCAUAAAUCCAUCACGACUCUUCAAGGAGAAGACAUCGUUUUCCUUGCUACUGACAUAAACCUUCCUGGCGCCGUAGACUGGGUAAUGAUGCAAUCUUGCUUUGGACAUCAUUUCAUGUUAGUGCUCGAAAAACAAGAGAAAAUCGAGGGACUACAACAGUUUUACGCUAUUGUACAGUUAAUUGGAACACGUAAACAAGCAGAGAAUUUCGUUUAUCGUCUUGAAUUAAAUGGAAAUCGACGAAGGCUUGCCUGGGAAGCUACACCCCGUAGUAUACACGAAGGAAUCGCCUCUGCUAUCUUAAACAGCGAUUGCCUCGUUUUUGAUACAAAUAUUGCUCAUUUAUUUGCCGACAAUGGGAAUCUGGGGAUAAAUGUUACCAUAUCUAUGGUUAGUUAAAAUGUAUUUAUGAAUCAAUGCAAUCCAAGCCACUACUGUGUUUGCAUUACUGUAUUUUCCCUAGUUCCUUAUUUAGGGAAUCUGUUUCCCAAUCUUAACAUCUAAAUCAUCCAAAUAUACAUCAAUAACAAUAGUUUUAGGAAUUGUUGGGAGUACUCAUUUCAGUAUAACUGAUCAGAGGACAUGAAAAGUAUAGAAGGGAAGUAUUCAAUUAAGUUUAAAAUGAAUUAAGUCCCCCCCCCCACCAUUUAGUUUGCACAGUUUAAGUCCCCCUUCCAGCUACUUUCUGAGUGAAAAAAUUCAUAAUGUAUGCAUCCAAGUUGAUAAGCUGUUGAACCUAAAAAAAGAUUAUGUUACUGUACUCUUGUUCUAGACAGUGAAAACAACAACAUAGGUACCAUGGGAGUCCUUGCUUUACAAAAAAGGACACGUACCAUGUAAGGGGAUUAGAAAAGCUGUCAAGUUAAAAGUGUAAUUUGCUACUAGGAAAGGUUUCCAUGUUGGUAUUGGUAUUGGUUUGUUAGCUCUAGUCACUGCACUGUAGUUACGUAUUUUUACAUCCUUGAAAAGUGAGCUGCAUUAUUUUAGUUUGAAAAGAUAAAUUUCCUUGGUGCAUAAUUAGUAAGACCAAUUCAGCUCAGUUAUAUUUAUGUGAGGGACAAAACAUUGUAAACUUGUGUCAAAUUUAAAUGGAGAUAUACAUGAGCAGAAUUGGUGGCUUAAGAUUUUUAAGACUUCCUGUGGCCUUAACGAAUUAGAUUACAACCAUCAGUGCUGAUCUAAUCUAAAACACUUCCUUCAACGAAAUUCCUAAUACAAUGUAACAAAACCUUGGGAGUAUUUUUUCCUUGAAAUGAAAAUUAUUUUACCCUGAGGAUCAUAACAAUGCUUUUGUGCCUUGGAAGAUUUUAUUUUCAAGAGGACAACACUAAAACCAAUCAAAAAAAAAUUCUGAGAUUUUACAGGUGGAUUUUGCAAAUUGUUUAUCCAGUACUGACCAAAUUUUCUGGACUCAAGGUAGACAUGUCAUGAAUAGGAGCACAUGUAUUCAGUUUUGGUUGAUGUCAAAUGAAUUAUAUUUUCCCAAGAUUUUUACUUUGAGUUUUUUAAGGUGAUCAAACAUUAGAGAUAGCUGUGAAGUACUGCAGGUGUAAACAUUGGUGUCCUUUAGAUUUACACAUCUUACAAAGUUUUGUUGCUUUCUUUGACAUGCCAAUGAAAUGAUAUUUUUGACAAAAUCAAUAACCCUCAAACUCUAUUUUGAAAGUCAGACAAUUCUGAUCCUCACACUCUUGGUGUUUUUUUUAUCAAGUUUUUCAUGGAAAUUCUUUAUGUAAUCCUUCAAAACUUAACAGUGACUAGCAUCUAAUUUCUCCAUACAGUAAUACUGCUAAAUCAUUUAUUAAGAUCAGGAGAAUAAGGGAGAUGAUGGCCAACCAAGCGGCUUUGAUUGUUAAUCAAAUUCUCCUUACCAGCACCAAAACAAAUGUAUAGAGAAGGCAUGGAGAUUAUGGAUACUUAAGGGACGAAGCUGAAUAACGUAUGCACACAUGCUAGGUUUUGGUGCGGAAACACAGAUUUUGGGUCAUUCGCAUGGUUGAUUUUCUAUUCUGUUCCCUUGAGGUGUUGUUUUCCUUGCUGCUUUUCUUUGGCCAAACAACUUCCUAAAACUUUGUAAGUAGUUGAAAUUUUCUCAAAUUUCACUAAAUUUUACACCUCGGACACUUGAGCCUGCAUUGUUGACAGUAUACCUUUGACGUUAUUGAGCUCUGUUUACUUCAGGUAUAAACAGUUAAAACAGUUACUAGAUUAUACUAGACACCAAUUGCAAAUUUUCAAUCAUUAGAAUAUGAAAGUGAUAAGCAGGGCUCACAAAGUAAAAGAGAAGAAAGAAAUGUGCAGUCUUACUUGACAAAUAGGUUUCUUCCACAAUUAACCAUGAAAUGAAGUACUACCCAAACCACAUUUCAGUCAUUUUUCUAAUGGAAAGCAGAAUUUCAGAAUUUUCCUAUCACUGAAGAGGAAUUAGGUUGUUCAGACAGGGUGCAAUCUCAUUUGUUGUGAUAUAUAUUUUGUGGGCUUGCGAGUAUGUAAAUUUAUUUGGGGAAUAGAAUUUAACUGGUGCAUAGGCAAAGUUGUAAAAAUACCUUUGUGCAUGCAUAUUUUGAGAACUCGAUUACAUUAUUUGUUGGUAAGGAAAGGUUUGCUCUCAAUUUGCAGUGCUGCGAUUUAAUUCAAUUAUAAUUUAUAUAACUGUCUUUAAAAAUAUAUUCCAUGUAACAAGUAGGUUUCUUUCAUACUGAGGCCACUUUUAAAUAGUGGGAAGUAAAUUAACUGUAACAAUUUGUGUCUUAUACACUGAAUUAUUAAACUGUAAAUAAUUGUUAUGAAAAAACAGUGCCAACUACCAGACAAAAUUUUGUGGCAAGGGAGUUUUCAUUGAGAUGGCGAGUAAAAAAGAGAAGAAAUGAGCUGAUGAA